AUGAAGGUCCGAUCGCUGAAGCUCCGAGAGGCCCACAAGGCCACGAGCAGCAACGGCCGCCCGUCGUUCUGCUCGGUAUUGUGGGACCAGCAAGCCUACCACGUCGUGACGGCCUCCUCCGCCGACCCCACAAUCGCCAUCCACGACUCUCUUCUCCCCUCCAGUCCUCCGAAGCUCCUCCAGCACCACCGCGACGGCGUUACUGCCAUCGCUCUCAGCCCCAACUCCACCUGCCUCGCCUCUGGGUCCGAAGACCACUCCGUCAAGCUCUACAAGUUUCCUGGUGGAGAGUUUCAGACUAAUAUUACCAGAUUCACGCUGCCAAUACGCGCCCUUGCGUUUAACAAAUCAGGGACACUGUUGGCUGCUGCUGGUGAUGAUGAGGGCAUUAAGCUUAUUAACACAGUUGAUGGUUCAAUUUCAAGAGUUCUCAAAGGACACAAAGGAUCUGUGACUGGCUUAGCUUUUGAUCCCCACAGUGAAUACUUGGCUUCUAUUGAUUCAACUGGGACUGUAAUAUACUGGGAACUUCAAUCUGGAACCACAUUGCAUACCCUUAAAGGGAUAGCUCCUAACUCUGGUUUCGACCGUUCCAUCAUGAAUGUACUCAGCUGGAGUCCUGAUGGAAACAAAUUAGCUGUGCCGGGGUUGAGAAACGAUGUGGUGGUGUACGAUAGAGACACAGCUGAGAAGCUGUUUUCAUUGAGAGGUGACCACACACAGCCUAUUUGUUUCUUGGCUUGGUCACCUAAUGGAAAAUACAUGGCCACUUCUGGUUUGGAUAUGCAGGUUCUCAUAUGGGAUGUCGAUCAGAAACAGGACAUUGACAGGCAUAAGUUUGAUGAGAGAAUAUGCUGCUUGGCGUGGAAGCCAAUUGGCAACGCACUGGCUGUUAUUAAUUGUACGGGCAAGUAUGGUGUGUGGGAAUCGGUGACUCCUUCAUCAAUGAAGUCUCCCACUGAAGAUGUUCCCAAUCAAAAAUUGAAUAACAGCAAUGGUCUGCUUUUGUUUGACGAAGAGGAGGGUGAGGAGCUUAGCACUUCUGGUAGUUUAAGUGAUCUCGGUGAAGAUAGCCAUGGGGAAUCUGAACCACCUAGCAGGAAGAGACUACACAAGCACUCUGCAUACGACAAUGAUUUAGAAGGGGACGGUUUUGAUGACUUGAGCUUGCUCCCAAAAGUUGAGUCCCAUAAAAAAGCACGCCGUAAACAUAGUGAAAAAGCUGAUAACGAGAAAGAGGGGGUAAGCAGCAAAUUGACAUCUGUUAGACCAAAAAUGCAGGUUGCCUUCCAGCCAGGCGCCACUCCUUUGCAGACUGGGAAAAGGCGCUUUUUGUGCUAUAACAUGCUUGGAGCUAUAACCACAAUUGAACAUGACGGUUACUCCCAUAUUGAGAUAGAUUUUCAUGAUACAAGCCGAGGUCCAAGAGUUCCAUCAAUGAACGACCAUUUCGGUUUUACCAUGGCUUCACUAAAUGAGAAUGGAAGUGUUUUUGCAAAUCCCUCCAAGGGUGAAAAAAACAUGAGUACUCUCAUGUAUCGGCCAUUUAGGAGCUGGGCAAAUAAUAGUGAGUGGUCUAUGCGAUUGGAAGGGGAAGAAGUGAAGGUUGUGGCACUUGGUACAGCUUGGGUAGCAGCAAUUACGAGUCUUAACUUUCUCCGCAUUUUCACUGAUGGUGGUUUGCAGAGACAUGUUCUCUCCCUUGAUGGACCUGUGGUGACUGCAUCAGGCUUCAUGGAUGAGCUUGCUAUUGUCACUCAUGCUUCUGAAUGUCUUCCCUCAAAUGAGCAGAUGCUUGAAUAUAGAGUACUUAACAUAACUAAUGGGAGCCAGCCUCUUAGAGGACGUCUGCCUUUGACUCCUGGUUCACAUCUAACAUGGUUUGGGUUUAGUGAAGGAGGGCAAUUAAGCUCCUAUGAUUCCAAGGGUGUGCUCAGAGUUUUUACAAGCCAAUAUGGUGGCAGUUGGCUCCCACUCUUCAGUGCUAGUAAAGAGAAGUCAGAUGAAAAUUAUUGGGUGGUUGGGUUGAAUGCAAGCAAAUUGUUUUGUAUAGUUUGCAAAAGUCCAGACUUAUACCCGCAGGUGAUACCCAAACCAGUCCUCACUCCGCUAAACUUUUCAUUUCCUCUAGCAUCCUCUGAUCUAGGAGCAGAUGCUCUUGAAAAUGAGUUUAUGCUAAACAACAUGCACCUCGUACAGGUUCAAAAGCAAAUAGAAGAAGUGGCCGGUGCUGGUUUGGACACCACUUCACUUGACGAUGAAGCUUUCAAUACAGAAGCAGCUCAAGAUAGAUGUAUCUUAAAGCUUAUUGCAUCCUGCUGCAGUGGAGAUAAGCUUGUGAGAGCUACUGAACUUGUGAAGCUUCUAUCCCUGGAAAAAUCAGUAAGGGGUGCAAUUAAGCUUGUUACUGUUCUGAAGCUCCCUAACUUGGCUGAAAGGUUCAAUAACAUAUUGGAGGAAAGGUUGCUCAAUGAAAGUAAAAGAGCCUUGGAAACCACUUUCCCUAACUCAAACUGCAAUGCAUCCUCGAUCACGAAUGACAUUGCACCCAGCAAGACAAUUUUCUCUACCGAGCAGAGUAAGUUGCCAGGGAAUGACAUUCCAUUAUCAUCAACAAAACUGUCGGCUCCCAUAUUUACAAAGAAAGCCAAAACACAAGAAGCUAAGGUUGGGAUAGAGAAAACAGAAGAAAAACAAGCUGCAAUGGCGGCUGAUCUUGGGAAGGUAAAAACGACAGAGGGGAAGAAUGGUGCAAAGUUGAACAACGCAGGAGACAUGAAGAAGGUAGGGGAAACGUCUCAGGCACAAUCACCUGCCUCAUCAAAUGAUCAAGAGAAAGUGAAGAAGGCAGAAGUAACUCGACGAGCAUCUAAUCCAUUCAUGAAGAAAUUGAUCAAGUAAGGUAAGGUCCUCUGUUCACUAAUUAAUUACAAGGAGUUUGAAUGCAUAGCUUAGAGAUGAGAUUUGCUAAUAGUAUACCAACUGGGAUGAACAU